CAUCUCACAAAUCUUUACUGACAUUGAAACUUAGCAAGCAUGGUUGUGAAAACGCGAAGGAACAGCAUCAAAGCGAAAAUGAAAAGCAGAAGAAAUAUACUGGCGAGUGUAGUCUUCGGUGUAGCAUUUUUAAUUAUACCAGCAAUAGUUAUUUUCAUUGACCCUAUAUUUUUGGUGGCACAAUAUCAAUUAAAAUUGACGAAGAAUAGCUUGCUCUCCUAUUUUUUGAAAAAGGAGUUAAAAGGAGCUCUCCUGGAGGUCUACCUCUUCAACGUGACCAACGCCGAGAGGUUCCUCGAUGGAGCAGACAAGAAGAUGAAAAUGAAAGAAAUCGGCCCAUUUGUUUACCAAGAAUACAGAAGUAAUGAAGACAUAGAUUUUGAUAAUGAAGCACCAGUAAUCAGGUUUACACCGAAGUUGAGAACUGUUUUCAUGCCUGAUAAGUCAGUAGGUGAUCCGAAGGAUAUUACACUGAACGUGCCUAACAUCUCCUUACUGACUGUGUCGACUUUAAUGGAACCAUACCCCUUCGUGGUCCGACAGCUCUAUAACAUCCUGGUGAAUCAGGUUGAUACCGAGGGGAUCGUGGCGAGGGACGUCCACAGCUGCCUCUGGGGUUUCCGCGACCCUAUUGUGUCUAUAGCCAAAACUCUUGCUCCAGGCUUGAUAUACUAUGACAGUAUAGGAAUCUUAGAAAAGUUGUACGAUCCAUAUGUUAAAUACAGAAUUGAAAUGGGUAGAGAAGGAGUAGACAAAUUCAAAGUAUUAAAUGUUCAGAGAACACGCAAAGAGAAGAUGUUUGAUUCAAACGAUCCUGUUAAUAAGUAUUUUGAAUUUAAUGACACAUAUGAAGGUGCAGCCUUUCCCCCACUGAUGACUCCACAAACCCCAGUUAACUUGUACCGCCUGGGAAUCUGCAAAAGCUUCCAAAUGAAGUACCAAAGCCAAGAGGACCUAAAGCUGGGAGCCAAAUUAUUUGUGUACGGGUACAGCAAUAGUACAUUUGAGAACACCAAGAUAUGCGAUAGUAAGGGAUGGUGCCCCUUUGGCCUUAUGGAUUUGUCGUCUUGUUUUUACCAUCUUCCAAUGGCGUUAUCGAAAUCACAUUUUCUCGACGCUGAUCCUUUACUGCUUGAAAAAGUUGAAGGCCUGAAACCAAACAGAGCCGAUCAUGACAGUAGCUUGUUGGUAGAUCCCAAGGCAGGUCUAACAAUAGGGACGACUCUUGAGCUGCAGCUCAAUAUAAUGACGACGGACUUGACGUUCAACCACCAGUCCCGGCUGUUCUCCGACACAAUAGUGCCUAUAGCGCGAGCCAAAAUCACCUUACCGGAACCACCAGAAGAAACGAGGUACUCUCUAAAGUUAAUGUACGAAACCGGCCCGCAAAUAUUGCUUAUUCUGGAAAUAAUCUCGUGCUCUCUAGGCAUUUUACUUUUGUUGAAUUCUGGAAGGCUGGCCUGGCGGGAGCGUCGUAGAGAACUAGGCCCAAAGACGUUCACACCGCUUCAAGGAAAAAUUAGCGCACAACCACUACUAAGUUCCUGAGUUAAAUAUAUGAAAGAAACGUUGUGUAAGUCAUGUUUAGUUAGACCUGAGCAAUCAAGCUUGGUUGAGAUAAACCUGGCCUUAGAUAGUGCCUCAAGUAAGCGGUCUUCUCGUGUGUAAUAAGACCAAGAACGUACAUAUCAGUGACAACUAAUGUAAUCAGAUCUAGAGCACCAGAUAUCGAAACAUGUGAUAACAGUAACCCAGUGAAUCCAGAUCCAUUCAUAUGAUCCAACUAACUUAUGUGUUUCAUUCUUGGUAAAUAACGAAGACUUAACAUAUCCGUUCCAACACCCUUCGCCCACAACUACUUCAAACUAGAAAGCGGUUGAUAUGGAAUUUGUCUUUCUAGAGUAUUGACCCCAAUUUAAUAGGUGUGCGGAUAAGCUCAAGUUAAACCCAAUUUGUCAAGUAGUUAUCUGUUAUUGUAGACAGUAUCCCCCUUGAAACAUGAAGUCGGAGUCUUAAGAGUUUUUUUUUAUUGCUUAGAUGAGAGGACGAGCUCACGGCCCACUUUGUGUUAAAUGGUUAUCGGAG